AUGAUGAAAACUAUAUUGCUCAAUAUCCUUUCGAUACACCCGCUCGCUUCCUUCACGGCCACUCACGAUAUUCCGGGAGUCGUAACCAUGCUGAAUGCAGGCGUCCAUCGAAACAAUAGUUUGUUUGCCAUUUCGCUGAAGCCUCUGCCCCAUCUCGAUGGAAGAAACGUGGUGGUUGGACAUGUCGUAGAGGGGUUGGACGCAAUCGAAUCGCUGUCAAAGGUCUACUGCUAUAAGGGAGUACCACUGGAUCCUGUGGUGAUUAAGAAUUGUGGAGUGGUGGACGCCUAGUGGGUUUUGUUCUUUUAU